AUUCAUCACUUAACUUAAGAUUGCCGAAAUGGUAUUCCAAAUAAUUAUCCUGGUGAUCUGUACCAUCUGUCUCAAGCACUAUGCCAAAGGGGAGUUUCAACAAAGUCUGGCUAUCACCGAUAUCCUGCCCGAGGACAUCAAGCGAUAUGAUAAAAUGCGACCGCCCAAGAAGGAGGGUCAGCCCACGAUAGUCUACUUUCAUGUUACUGUAAUGGGACUGGACUCCAUUGAUGAGAACUCAAUGACCUAUGUGGCGGAUGUGUUCUUUGCUCAGACCUGGAAGGAUCAUCGUCUACGGUUGCCGGAGAAUAUGACGCAGGAGUAUCGAUUGCUGGAAGUGGAUUGGCUAAAGAAUAUGUGGCGCCCAGACUCCUUCUUCAAGAAUGCCAAAUCUGUGACUUUCCAGACCAUGACUAUACCCAAUCAUUAUAUGUGGUUGUACAAGGACAAGACGAUCCUGUAUAUGGUCAAGCUGACUCUGAAGUUAUCCUGCAUCAUGAACUUUGCCAUUUAUCCCCAUGACACGCAGGAGUGCAAGCUGCAAAUGGAAAGUUUAUCCCACACCACGGAUGACCUGAUCUUCCAAUGGGAUCCCACCACACCGCUGGUGGUGGACGAGAACAUUGAGCUGCCGCAGGUGGCCUUAAUACGAAACGAGACCGCGGACUGCACUCAGGUGUACUCCACGGGCAACUUCACCUGUCUGGAGGUAGUCUUCACCCUCAAACGACGCUUGGUUUACUAUGUUUUCAAUACUUAUAUACCCACUUGCAUGAUUGUGAUCAUGUCCUGGGUAUCCUUCUGGAUCAAACCGGAAGCGGCUCCUGCUCGUGUCACCCUCGGGGUCACCUCGCUACUCACCUUAUCCACGCAACAUGCCAAAUCACAGUCAUCCCUGCCGCCGGUGUCCUAUCUCAAGGCCGUGGAUGCCUUCAUGUCCGUUUGCACAGUAUUCGUGUUUAUGGCCCUCAUGGAGUACUGUCUUAUUAAUAUUGUUUUGAGUGAUACGCCCAUACCCAAACCGAUGGCUUAUCCACCCAAGCCGGUUCCUGGAGAUGGCACUAAAAAGGAAGGAGAAGGUGGUGCUCCGCCAGGUGGAAGCAACACGGCUGGGAACAAGCAGGCCACCAUGCUGCCUUUGGCUGAUGAGAAAAUUGAAAAGAUUGAGAAAAUCUUUGAUGAGAUGACCAAGAAUAAGAGGGUUGUGACCGCAACUCGUCGUGUGGUUCGUCCUCCGCUGGAUGCUGAUGGUCCCUGGAUUCCGCGUCAGGAAUCACGCAUUAUACUGACCCCAACUAUUGCCCCUCCACCACCGCCACCGCCGCCAUCGGUUCCGGAUCCGGAGUUGCCCAAACCCAAGCUGACCCCUGCCCAGGAGCGGCUUAAGAGGGCCAUUUACAUUGAUCGCUCCUCGCGGGUCCUGUUCCCGGCUCUCUUUGCCAGCCUCAAUGGCAUCUAUUGGUGUGUGUUCUAUGAGUAUCUGUAAGAUCGGAUCGAAACCUGACAUCUGACCUGUACAUACUAUACUUUCGCCGGCUCUCUCUCUCUCUCUCUCUCUCUCUCUCUAUCUCUCUCUGUGUGUGUCGCUCCAUCCGAGUGUUAAACGUUGAUUGUUCGCAUAUAUCGAUUUACUCUUAAGCUUUCACGCACAAGCUUUAAGUCAAUGAAUUUUAAACUUAGACAAUUGUUGAACCACAAAAAAACAUAAUAAGAUAAAAACUCAAGAUGCAUUACAAAUUAUCAAUUCAAUUCCUAAGAUGCUUAAAAUUAAUCAAGCCAAUCGAGCUGUAGCUGCUGUAGAUUAAGUGAAUUGUAAUUUAAUG